AUGUCAAAUAAAAUCAGUUAUGAUCCUGCAUUGAUAAAACUGCGGGAAGUGAAAAAAGAAGCAGAAGAGUUAAGUCUUCCUGAAACCAUCAUUUCGGGUCUACAAGCUGUUGAGGAUCUAUUUGAGGCAAGAGAAACCUACUGCGAUGGUAAAACGUCAGAGCCAAGUGAUGCAUUAUCAAAACUUAUGAAAGAUACAAUAGAGCAUCCAUGGCAACAGGUGUUUAGUGAAGGAAAAACAAAAUGGAAUAUACGUAUUAGAAUGUUGUCGGGAAAUCUUGAAGGCUACGUUCUCAAAUUUUUUGUCAGUGCAUCAAAAGCGAAAAGAGUUUUAGAAGUUGGGAUGUUAACUGGUUGUGGCGCCCUUGGUAUGGCGGAAGUAAUGCCAGAUGACGGGAAGGUCGUGACCUGUGAAUUUGACCCAUACUUGGUGAAAUUAACUAGAACAUUUUUGGACAGGUCCCCGCACGGAAAAAAGAUAACUAUUCUUGAAGGUCCUGCUUUAGACAGCUUAAAUGACCUUGGCAAGAAAGGAGAGAAAUUCGACUUCAUCUUUAUAGAUGCGGAUAAACCGGGUUAUUGUGACUAUUUUAAUGUAUCGAUAAAAGACCUUUUAGCACCAGGUGGUACUAUUGCUCUGGACAACGCAUUACACCAUGGUAAACCGUAUUUAAAAGACUCGCCUGAGGAUGAACCAAUAAAAAGGUUUAACGAUAUGCUAAUGACCAGGGAUGAUGUUUAUCAUGUGUUAAUGCCAGUAAGAGAUGGAAUAAUGCUUGUUAGAAGAAAGGAAGACAUGAACGGAUGAUAAUCCCUAAAGUUUGAUGUGGAAUAAUUGAUUGAGCCAAUACAGUUGCAUGCUAAUUAGAACUCACAUAGCCUUUUACAAUUUUGGUAACAUACAUCUUUGUUCGAGUUUUAAUUAAUCUUCAAAUAGCUGUAUUUUCAGGAGUUUUAUUUAUUUUUAUUCUUCGAUGUUCUGAAUAUCUCUUAUCAAAUCAGGCUAUAGAAGGUUUUUAUUUAUUGGUUUUGUUUUUCGUAAAAGGGUUGUUGUUUCAGUAUAAUUGGGUGUUCUUAGUGUUUGAAAUUACAUUUUAAUAUAUUUUUUAAAUCCAUACCAGUGAAAGUAGUGUUGCAUACAAUUCAAUAAGAAUUUCUAUUUUUUUUGAAGAAAUUACAUUGAAGUAGAAAAUAAUCUAUUUUACACAUAACUGGAAGAAUGAUCCAGCUCUGAGUCGCUAACUUUAUUCAUUUCUAGAAGAAGAUGUAGAUAUAUUUUUUUUUAAUCUGUAAUAUACUUUCUUCAGCAAGUGUUGCAACUCCUUGAGGCAGAACUGAUCAUAAAUAGUUUUAGGUCUUAUCUAUAUGCCUGGUUUAAAUACUUCCAAACAUCGUCCAAUAGUUUUAGUAAGGAGCGUAUUCAAAAAGGCAUGAAAAACUCAUGAUGUGUGUACUAACAAUGAAAACAUAACUU